AAUAGGUACUUGCUUCUCACAUCCUCCAUCGCAAUGGGGGGCGUUGGAAUCUGGAGCAUGCAUUUCAUAGGGAAUCGGGCAAUCAUCCUCGGCAAUGGGGACAGUCACAUCCAAAUCUCAUACAGCGUGCCCUAUACAGGGCUAUCGUUCGUAUGCCCGGUACUUAUCCUGUUCACGGCUUUCUACGCUGGUGGGGCCAGUGAGAAGGCUGGCUACCUUCGCAUCAUCUCGGGGGGUGCUUUGACAGGCGCCGCGGUUUUUGGGAUGCACUACAUUGGCCAGAUGGGGAUCUCCAACUACAACCUUGACUACCACGUCGGCAAUUUUUUCGGCUCAUUCGUUAUUGCGAUUCUCGCCAGCACGGUGGCUCUGGGUAUCUUUUUCCGAUGGAAGGCGACAUGGGUAGGCUGCUGGUGGAGGCGUGUUCUCUGUGGGGUCUUCCUCGCUGGUGCAGUCUCGGGCAUGCACUGGACCGCUACCGUCGGCACCUUAUACCGAGAUUACGACAAGACUGUCAAGCCGAAGGGUCAGGUCUCUCGGUCUCAGACUGCCAUAAUAUGUUUUGUCUUUUCCUUGAUUGCGUGCGGAGUCUUAACAGGCUGUGCUAUAGUUGCUGGUGGGAACCGCAGACGACUGCGGACCCAGGCACAGCAGGUGACUCUCACGUGUGCUUUCUUCGACCAUGCAGGGCGUAUCAUGGUCACACCGCAUGCGCUUCUUCCCAGUCGGAAAGUGGUGGACCGGUAUGUUGGCAAGACAUUCAACGAUGACGAUCUUACACGGACGCAUUCUGCUUUCUUGUGGGCAUUCCGCGCAAGCAGGAACUGGGCAUUAGUGAAAGACUCGGUGCCUUUCAUGAGAAGUCGGAUUGAAUCGGACGAGACGCUGAUGGAACACUACAUCUCCAAAGGGAUGGCAUCGGCGCAAGACACCGAGAUGCAACCGGACUUUGAUGGUCUGUUCAAGCGGCAUUUCUGCGUGGCCGCACAAGAUCUCGCCGACGAGGUUCGCCAGCCGCUACAAGACCUGGGGAUGCUGUACGACGAUGUUUUGGCGACGACCACUCCGCACUCCCACUUGUCUCGCAUGAUGGGCUAUUCCCGGCUCCAUACCAGCAAAGGACAGGUGAUGUUUACCGUGCGUAAACUGACCAAGCAGGAGGCAUCACGGCUCGCAGGGUCUGGCUUCCGGUUUACGACGAUCGAGAACGUCACGGGGGUGCUUUCGCGCCGAAUCCACGUCCCGUCCACAACGUUGGGCCUCCACCUGAAGGACAUGCGAGACUUCGCCGCCACAAGCCGGGCCUUCGAGCCGGGCAUUCAUCUCGUAUCGUUCGUCUUGCGGCCGACCGUCCGCGACCGCUUCCAGGUACUCACAGCGAAAGGCACGGGCAACCCCCUACCAUCAUCAACACUGCAAAUCAAGCGCCUUGACACGCAGCACCUAGCACUACUAGCACGCAUGGAAGGCUGGACCAUGACCGCAUGCCUAAGCUGGCUAAAGUCAGACCGCGCUAGAUUCUACAAAGACGUAGACGACUUCCCUUCGCAGCUCAUCCAGGCCAUAUCCUCCCUCAACGCGUCCCUCCCAACCAACGUCAACAGCGUCUCCAAGUUCUCCUCACGACCUCUCAUCGCCCCCUGCAGGGGACUCAGAGACUCCAACAGCACCAAAACCUGCACCCUCCUAUCCUUCUGCACCGUCGCAUCGCUCGACACCCGAGUCUCGAACCCAAACCUCAUCUUCACCCCUCUCCGCCUCUUCCGCGUCCAGCAACAAGUCAACGACGGCGUCCCCGACAGCGACGACUUCACCAAAGAACUAGGCCAAGACCUAUUCUACUCGACCAUCCGCUCAAACUUCGAAGCUCUCACCCCCUCCUCUCCCUCCUCUUCCUCUUCUCCCUCCCCCUCCCCCUCCCCCUCCGCCCUCCGCUUCUGGUCGAAAAAGAAGAAGCAACCCAGAAAUAGCAAACAACUUCGCAUCGAACCCAAGCUCCUCUCCCGAGGCUCCUCAGUCUCCACCGAACCACCUCUCACCCCACUAGGCGACAUCAUGGUCCGCAGGGAGAUCAAAGUCGAUAUUGCCAGGCCCCCGGAGCCAGCAGCGGACCCUGAGCAGGAACCACAGAUCCUGGAGACGACUGUUGUGGCGGGUAGAUUGGCGUGUAGUAAUUAUGUGGAUGAGCUUUAUAAUCUGUGCUAUUCGCCUGGGGUGCGGCAGAGGCCGGAUUCGGGGUUGCAGCAUGUUCCUACUUCUUGAUUGGGAUUCUUGUUGGACUGGGAUUGCUCGUUUUUGCUGGGUUUUCCACCGCGGCUAGAGACUAUCUUGUGUGUACAUGAUCAUAUACAUAAAUGUAUAUAGCAC